AUACAAAGUCCCGUGAAGUACAUUCAGACCUGAUUGCGUGUGGAUAUACAACCUUAUCGACGUCAGGGAAUAACAGAAACGGGUAUGGAUGGAAAUACAGUUGUAAGAUCAGUGAGAAACAUGUACUCUCUCCUUUUCAAUGAUCAGGCUCGACCGGAGCCUGAGAUUACUCAUGGUCAGCCGAUGGAACGUGCCCAUCCCAGUGAAACCAUCGUGGAAUAUCUGCGAGAGAGGAGCGCCGAAUUUCGCAGAGUGAGCGAGAUUCGACAGAAGGGAUGGGAAAGCCCCGAGGGCGAUGCGUAUUUCCAACAGUUACGACAGAGCGCCGACCAAGCGAAUGAACAUACAGCGACGUUUUUCUACAAGCUGAUGAGAAAUAUUGGAAACGAGCUUCAUCAAUACACCAAUGCAUUUGCGAUACGGCGAAAUCUUCUUUCAGAGCCUAGGAGCCGAGCGAGAAUUCUAGACAUGUGUAUGGCUCCGGGUGGGUUCCUUGCGACGGCUUUGAGCAAGAACCCCGGCGCCGAAGCGCUGGCAUUCAGUCUACCCAUUUCCGCUGGUGGGCAUACGAUUCUUGUGCCGAAUUCUUCAACUGUCGAGCAGAGGCUUAUGGACAUUACGAUGCUCGCAGCGGACAUGGGGGUUGAAGAGAUUCCUAAAGACCACCCGGAUGCGGGAAACUUCUUGCCGCGACAAUUCGAACCGGAUAAUCUAUUUGAUCUUGUCCUGUGUGAUGGCCAAGUCCUUAGGGUCCAUCCGAGAGCUCCAUAUCGCGAGAACAGAGAGGCUAAGAGGCUCUCGACCACACAGUUAGCUCUCGGUCUCGAGCACCUCAAGCCCGGCGGAACGAUGAUUGUACUCCUCCACAAGCUUGAAGCGUGGGACACCGUGAAUCUCGUAUGGAAGUUUCACCAAUUUUCGACGGUCAAACUUGUGAAACCCCAAAGAGGUCAUGCUAAGCGGUCGUCCUUUUAUAUGGUAGCUACUGAUAUUCAGAGCCGCCACCCUAAAGCUAUUCAAGAGAUCAAUAAUUGGAAGAAGGUUUGGAAGAUUGCUACGUUCGGCUCCGAUGAGGAGUAUAAGCGAGGAUUCAUGAAUGAAGAUCUCGGUGUGGAUGAGCUGCUUGAGAAUUUUGGGUCGGCGCUCAUAAAGCAUGGCACUAAAAUCUGGAGUAUUCAGGCGGACGCUUUGGAAAAAGCAUCGUUCAACCAGCGAAAGUGGUGAAGAUAUCAACAAGUACUUUGUUUUUCAACAUGUCGUCUUAGUCUUGAUACCCUGCUAGGAGUGGGUAUUAUGGGUAUUCCAGGUUGGGUACCUACUAGGUAGUUAGUUUUACGUCGGUAGUAUGUUCGGUAUCGCAUUUGAUAUCCAGGCAAUUGAAUGUUUUAUUAGUGAAAGAGGUUGUAAAAAU